AUGGAUCCGUAUGCAAAUGCGAAGUGUGGCAAACUAAGACUUAAAGGCGAAAAGGACAAACCAAAGAAGCGAAAGCACAAGGCAUCUAAAGAUGGUUCUUCACGUCCAUCCAAAGUUACAAAGUCAGCUUUCAAUGAGGACCUCGAAGCACAUGCCGGCUGGUGGGAAAUUUCAAAAUUUGUCGAUAUUAUUGGUCCAGUGGCUAUUCAAAUGACUGGCUUAGCACAAUCACACGACACCUCGACUGCAACAGAGAAUGAUCAUCCCAAUCCUUUUCCUUCCGCUUACUACCUUUCAGCGUCAGAUGAUGGUUUCAUUAAUCUUGGACCACCUCGCAAAUCGGGUGAAGCGCCUGCACCGGAGGAAAUUUUCACAGCCGUUAAAGUUUCUGACACCAAAGUUGCUUUCAAAACAGGUUACGAUAAAUACAUUACAGCGGAUACAGGAGCGGAAAAUAUAAUUACCGCUGCAGCGGACGCUAUUGGCCCUCGUGAACAGUUUGAACCCAUCUUUCAGGACGCUAAAACAGCUCUUCUGGGUUUCAAUAAUUGUUUCUUAUCGGUUGAUCCAGUGUCAGACAGGGCUAUUUGUCGAGCACAAAAAGCUGGACCUACAGAAAUGGUUGUUGUGCGAUCGAAUAAGGAUCUGACACAUAAUCCCCUCUAUGACUUGCCCGAAGAAGAACGGCAUGGCACUAAGAAGGCGGAGCUACUAUAUGUGCGUAAAUUCCAGAGUUGGCAAGACAAGAAGAUCCGACUCACUCGUGAAGAUACAGUUGCCUUGAAGGAGGCCAAACGCGACGGCAAUCUUCAUGAAACCAUGCUGGAUAGGCGUGAGAAGAUGAAAUCCGACCGCUAUUGUAAAUAA